CCGCCCCUGCGCCCCCCAGGACGCCGCCGACGUCGCCGGACGCACUGGACUGAGCUGUCUCGUCAUGCGCUGUCUGGGGCUGAGCCUCUUCAUCGGCGUCCUCUGCUCCCAGCACGCGCUGCAGCAGCAGUAUGACUGGCCCGAGCGCACAGAGAGCGGAGUCCUGGAGGAGGCGGCCAUGCGGCGCACCUACCGCCUGGAGGACUUCUUGUGGACGGGGUCCGGGGACGGCGAGGUGGAGGCCAGCCCCCGGCCGGGAGGGGGAAUCCCAGGGUUCACCACCACCACUGUGUACAAGACCACGACCGCGUUCGCCACCACCACCGUCCUCGCCACGCCCACGCCGCUCUACACCACCUCGCUCAUCAUCACGCAGGUGCCUCGCUCCCCCGUGGGACCCAUCUCGCCGACGACGAGCUUCCCCUGGCCCGGAGAGGGCAGCGGCAACGUGCCUUCCACGGCGUCACCGUCCUGGACCCUGCUGAACGGCAGCGGCCCCCAGUACCCCGACGAGGCGCACGACGACUCGCUGCCGGACCCGCGCUUCUGGCUCGUAACCGUGCUCAAGGCCAACGACACCCAGGACUGGCACUUGGCCACCGACCUGCUGGAGGCGCGCCUGGCCCGGCUCUACAAGGCGGCCUUCCUCAGGCAGCAGGAGCGCCACCUCGGCAUCGUGAAUGCGUCCGCGCUCGCCGCCCUGGCCCGCCUGCGCCGCGCCCCCGACGUGGUGCGCGUCACGGUGCACAACGUGACCACCCUGGUCCGCGGCGGCUCGCUGUACUGGGUGCGCGUGCGCGGCCGGCCCGUCCCCGCCGCGACGGCGGCCCACGACAUGAGGCUCAUCAGCGACCACGAGAUGGCCGCGGAGUUGGGCCUGCCCAUCAUCACCAAGGCCGAGCCCUACCUGCACGCCCCGGUGCCGCUGGCCGCGCGAGGCCGUGUCCGGGACGUCUGGCUGCUGGUGGGCGCGGCGGGCUGCGGGGUGGCGCUGCUGCUGCUCAGGGACAAGUCGUCACCGGGGUUCCUGGGCGUUGCGGGGGCGGACCGAGGCGGCCACGGCGUCAGCAGCGGCAGUGGCAGCGCGAGCGGCUCGCGGAGCUCUUUCUCGUGUGCUUCCUCGUGCUCGGGGUCUCUGUCCGACGCUGCCCUGGUCCGGCGGCGCGGCCAGCACCAUCCCCACCUUCACGCUCACCACGCGCUGCACCACGCCGUCAACCCGGCACUCGUGGACGCCCUCCAUCUCACCGAGGAUGACGUGGUGGUGCCGCACCCGCGCGGCGCGGUUGCGGCGGGCCCGUCCAGGCCGGCGCCGAGUGGCUUCAAGGCGGUGCAGGUACAUCAGGACGCGCUCGACGUGCUGGACACCGGCACCUCGCCGGCAGGCCCAAGGCGGGCGAGCCCCAACUCGUACCUCUCCAUGCCCUCGGUCAAGCAGUUUCCGCGGGGCGUGGCUCUGCCGGAGCCGCUGACGAGGGUCCUGGAGCCGGUGUGCGUGAGCAACCUGGACGGCGACGAGUCCAUGGAGCGCGUUGCCGUCAGCCCCUCCCCCGGGCAGGACGUCCCACGGGCAGCCCGCGGCCCCGCCACGCCCUGCGAGCCUGCCCGCGAGCCCCACCGCGGCGUGAGGCACUCGUCGCUGGAGGGCGACCCGGGGGUGCUGGGGCCCGUGGUGUGGGGUCUGCGCUGCCAGCGGAUCACGUCGGCAGGGGGCGCCAGCGACGCGAGCGGCACGGGCACCACCACGCUGUCCGACGGCGCGGCCUCGCCCGUCUCGCCGCCGCAGGUGGGCCGCAUGCGCCGCCGCUUCCACGAGCUGCUGGACGACGCCUUCAGCCUGUUCGCCGGCUCGCGCUCCGUCUCCAGGUCCGCGUCGCAGGGCUCCCAGGACGACGACGACUCCACCUCGCCCGUGGGCGCCCCCGUCGGCGACGUGGCCCCGCGGCCCAAGACGUCCGUCACGGACGCGCGGCGGCCGUCCACGGCGUCGGCCAACGGCUCCAACGGCUCGCCCCUGUCGGCGGGGCCCUUCCACCGGCCGCAGAUCGACGCCGCCGUCAUCCUGGCCGACUCGCGCCUGCCCCCGCACGACCCCGCCGUGCCGCUCAUCGCCGCCAUCAAGCACGAGCUCAGCAAGUUCGGCGCCGGCGCGGCCUCGGCGCCCUCCCACGGCACGCCGCACGGCAUGCCCCUGCCCGGGUGCACGCCGCCGAGGGACUGA